AUGUUGACAGCUCUAUUGUUAUUGGCCACUUUACUAGUGCUGUCGAUCGCGAUAGCUGAAGUUGGUUCACAGGCUUCAUUGGGUACACAGUCUGGAGCAGCCAAUACUGGUGGAAACUCUGUUUAUAAGAGUACCAAUAGAGCGGGCCAAGGUUGCGACCCAAAAGCCAAACCGAUUAAAUGCGGGGCCAACGAAUUUUGCGAAGAUAAAAACACAUGCAAACAGAAAAAAGAAGCUUGCCUUAAAUAUGGACCAAACUGCGAACGCGAUAUAGCUCAACAACAACGUAAAUUAAAUAAAUGCAAAAAAAACAAAGACGAUUGCCAGAGAGGACGAGAAUAUCAGGAUGAGGGAACUUUAACAAAAGCGCUCGAUAACACGAAAGAUUAUUGCAAGAAUGAACAGAGCAAAAUGAAGAAAUCAUGUGACACUCCAGAGUAUAAAAACUGCAAAAAGAAAGUUUCGAAUGGCUCAUUCUUUGCCGACAACUGGCUGGAUAAUGAGGCGGAAUCUGACAUAAACACCGAGACAUUACAACAACAAUACCAAUACCUCAAAGACCACCACACCUACGGAGAUCUGAAUGUGGCCAAGACCAAGGUGGCCGAGUUUUUGGGUCUUAAACUUAAAAACGCCGAUAGAUUUGUGCCACACUUGGGCUCAAACACCGAUGCGGUCAACAAAUACGAUGUGUCCAUAGAUUUACUGCAGAGACGUAUUGCCAGCGCUCAGGAUAUCAAUGAGAAAAAUAGUCUUAUCGUUAAGUUGGAGGGCUUAUACGCCGGCAGACAAUAUGUGGACAAACAUAUGACUGAAUACGUGAAUAGUAUUCAACAUUUACUGACAGUCGAUAGCAAUGCUAUUCUAAACACUAAACAAGAGCUCAAUAACGAAGAAUGUUAUCGAAAAUUAAGCAUUUGUUAUCACAUAUGCUAUAAAUGGCGGCCAAACAUCGCCGUCAGUCUCAUCAACUCGUUUAGUAUUGGCACUAAACUCGUCGGAAGACAACAACUGUGUUCACAACCAGUCGAAUGCACUAAUCAUAUCCACUCCCAAUGUUCAGACCCUUACGUAGAUCCUAAGUGA